GAAGCCGCCGGCAACAUGGCGGCGCCGCCGCCGCCUCCGGCUGCGCCGGGCCCGGGGCCUCCCUCAGCGCCCGCGGGGCCGGGGCCGGCGGCGGGGCCCGGAGCGGGGCCGGGGCCGCCCCCGGGGGCCGCGCAGGGCCCCGCGCUGCCCGCGCAGGCGGCGGCGGCGCAGGCGCAGGAUUUUGAUCCCGUGCAGCGCUUCCGGCUGCUGCUGCCGCAGCUGAAGGAGAGCCUGCAGACCCUGAUGAAGGUGGCAGCUCAGAACCUGGUGCAGAACUCCAGCAUCGACAAUGGGCAGAAGAGCGCAGAUGGGGCCCUGCAGCGCUUUGACAAGAGCCUGGAGGAGUUCUACGCCCUGUGUGACCAGCUGGAGCUGUGCCUGCGCCUGGCCCACGAGUGCCUCUCGCAGAGCUUCGACAGCGCCAAGCACGCCCCGGCCCUGGUGCCCGCAGCCCCCAAGGGCGAGGGGGGGGCCGGGGCCGAGACCCUGCCCUACACCCAGUACCUGCCGCUGAUCAAGGCGCAGAUCGCGGGCGCCAAGGACAUCCACAACGCGCUGCUCGAGGGCACCAACAAGAUCACGGGCAAGCUGCCCCCGCCGGGGGGGCCCUGACGGGGUUUGGGGUGGGGGGAGACCCCCCAGGAGCCCCCCCGAAAGCGCUGCUGGGCGGGGUGGGUGUUGGUUCAGGGGAGGGGUGGUGGGAGAGCGGGGAAUGAGGCGGGGCUUGGGGUGGGUUUGGGGUCUGGCCCCCCCUUUCCUGGUGGGGGUUGGUUUUGGAGGGCUCUGGGGGGGUCUUGGGACCCCCGAUCCCCUCCCGGGGGGCUGGAGGGAGGUCUGGGGUGUGGUGCCAGCGGCGCAUUUUGGGGGUGACCCGCCCCCCUCAAGCGAGGCGGAUCACUGGGGAGGGGAGUGGGGGGUGUUGGAUUUCCAAGUUUUGGGGUGAAAUAUUUGAUUUUUGGUAAAUAAACCAGUGUUUUGUGA